GAAAAUUUUUUGGAUACGGUUAGACUGCUAGCAGAAAGAACAGAUAAUCUAGUUGAUGAGAUAUGGAAUUACGUGAAGGAUGGAAAACUUGUCCAGUCUGCAGUUUUACUUCUGUCAGCUCAAGCGCAAAUCCGUGGGGGCUGUUCCUCCAAACGCAACGGCAAUAAUAAGCGUGAUGGGUUUGAUAUUAUCAUGUGCCAUAUAGUGAGACAUUUGGUUACCCUAAGAUCGGAGAACAAAAAUACAAAUACACGGAAGCUGCGUGAGGAAGAGAGAAUAUUUAUGGAGUUUACGGGCCUGCUUGUUGAUAUUGUUUCGCAAGCUGGUGAAGCCCUUUCUGCAUACAUUCAGGCACAUUCAAAGGCGCCCCACAUGGAGGUUCUGGAGCGGGUUUCUUCUAUCCUCAAGGAGUAUGGGUUUUGCCCGACUGGAGAAAUCGUUGAUGUUAAGAACCUCUGCCCUUACAACUGCGUAAUGUCUGAUGAAGAGUUAUACCACCAAGGGCUUAUGAAUUCAACCAAGGGUGGUGCAGCGGAAGAAGUACAUGCUGCGGAAAAGUAUCUGCCUAAAGGAUAGGAUAACACAUUCACAAGGAGAAAGUUCUUCCCAUAUUGGAGAUCGGUGCUACAGGCCCGGGCUUUUCUGCGGGUGUAUCCAGCCUAUGCAACAGCAGAUGCCAGUCGACCUACUGUGCCUACUCCAGUUCCAGGCCAUAAGCUUCCCUCGCUGGGAAAAGCUCCACAACUGUUAAGCAAUCGUCAAUCCAGAAGACUUUUUGGUACCGACGCAUCCGCAGCUAGGUCUGCACUUGGUUAUGAAGAACUUCGUUGCCCUCGGGGAAGCUCAAUGGACAGGACUCCAAGUCAAAAUCACAACCUUUCACUGCUGGAAGAGUUACACAAGCAACAAAUAAUCAUGGUCAAUCUAGAAGACUCUUUGGUACUGCUGCGUCCAUCCUCCUGAAGGUGGCAAGGAAAGCGUGAGCAGUUGGCCAUGAAGGUUGUGGUUGCUGGGGGCACUCGGUGCAUUUUUCUCCUAGAUGGGAAGAUGAGGCUGCUGAUUCACGGCUGUGCGCGUGCAUUUUUCUGCAGCUUGUAAGAGCAUGGGAAGAUGAGAGUGACAGGCUGUUCGGGGAGCUUGCACGGCAACCAGAAAUAGGUUGGGCAGAGAGCUCGGUCAGGCGUCUCUUUAACGCGCGAGCUGAGGCUGGGCAUCGUUUGUAAAAUAUGAUGGUAUCAGAUGCCUCUCAUUU